UGUCGCGUUUCAAUUGUAAUAAACUGUAAAGUAUGCCGAUAUUUUAGCUGCCACAGGAAUAUUUAAUAACAGACCGUUGCCGCCGACCAUUUUGCAUUUGCUUGCAUCAGUGGUCCUAUGUUGUUUUAAUUUAUUGUUGUUUAAAAUAUAAUGGAAUCUUUAAGAUAUUCCUGUCGGGUGUGUUUAGAAUAUAAUUCGGAAUCAAAUUCUAUUUUUGACGAAGUAGAGUAUGAAGAGUACAUAAAGUUGGCAAAUAUAUUCGAAAAAGUCACAAACGUUGAGGUGGUCGAAUAUGAUGAGGAAAAACCUUGUCGUUUGUGUCAGGAAUGCACUGAACGUCUUUUACAUGCCUACGAAUUUAUUUGUUCUGUAGAAAGGGCAGAAAGAAGUAUAGAGAACUAUUUAAAGGGAGAUAAUAAUCAGUCAGUCGAAGAAUUGGAGCCAGAGGAUGAAGAUAUUAAGAUUGACGCUACUGAUAUAGAUAUACAAGAUGUUGAGAUAUUGGACGAGGAGUUUCAAACGGAUCAUGAGCAACGUGUCACAGACAUUGAAGUAUUAAGUACGGAAGAGGUCUCGGCCGAAUCAGUAGUGGAUAUAUUUGAUAGUAACACAGUUCCUGUUUCAACUAAUGAAACGAAACAAGUUGAAGAUGCUGUUGGAUCGCGAUUAUCUAAACGCUUGUCUUCAAGUCACUACAAAUGCAGCAGCUGCCAAAGAACGUUUGCGAAAAUUGAAACUUUAGAUCGGCAUAUAAAAACUGCUCAUACAGCUUUACCUCCUGAGGAAUUGGCAAAUAUUUCUACACAAGUUCACGCUGCAGCGGAUGAUAAACAAAUAUCAUGUUCUUAUUGUCCACAAAUGUUUAAGCGACGUAACAAUUAUAUUCGACAUUUAACGGCAACCCACUCACAGGAAGUGGAACAACUUGGGGACGAAGAUAAGAAAUUGAUUAAAACAAAACACAUCUACAAAAGGGGCAAUUGUCCCUACUGCGGUAAGAAUUUCACACAAGCUAGCCUCAUUGUGCAUAUAAGAAGACAUACUGGAGAAAACCCUUAUCAGUGCGAUCAAUGUGAGAAAGGAUUUCCCCGACGCCAAGAUCUUGUUGUACAUCAACGAAAGCAUACUGGCGAAAAACCCCACAUGUGCACCAUUUGUGGUAAAUCAUUUUCACGUGCGAAUAAAUUAGCCCGCCAUAUGCGUGUUCACACAGGAGAACGCCCGUAUAAAUGUACUAAAUGUCAGAGAAGUUUCGCCCAAUCAAAUGACCUUAAAAUUCACAUGCGAAGACAUACAGGAGAAAAGCCAUACAAAUGUAGUGUUUGUUUAGAAGCUUUUAUCUGUGGAGCAGCAUUAAAAACGCAUCGGCGACAAAAAAAUCAUCACUCACCUAAAGAUGAAUAUGAUGAUCCAUUUGCUAAUUGGAGAGUUUGCAAACGUGAGUUAAAAACAAAUGAUGACAAAAGCGAAAACGAAACUAACCUAGUCCAAUUGGAGUUCGUCCAGAUUGUACAAGAAUAAUUUCUAUUAGCUGUUAAAUUAAUUUCAAUAAAUUACCUACAUAUAUGCAUACAUAUGUAUGUAUAUUAGAGAUAAA